AUAUUAUGAAUUAUUAAGUAGAGUAAACCCAAAUCUUACUAUUAGUCACGCGGACGCGUUGCUGAGAGUUUUGACCCAGGCCGCGCACCGUAGCUAGCCAAAACAGAAAAUGGCGUCAGCUGAGUCGCAGCCGCGGUUCGGUCAGUCUGUCAAAGGUUUAUUAUCCGAUAAAGUGGGCUCAUGUAGCGGGGACGUGAUCGCACUGACCCGCCAGGUGCUGAAAGGAUCCCGCAGCCAAGAGCUUCUUGGUCAAGCAGCCAGAAACAUGGUGAUUCAGGAGGACGCCAUCCUGCACUCUGAGGACAGUCUGAGAAAAAUGUCCAUUAUCACCACACAUUUACAAUACCAGCAGGAGGCCAUCCAGAAGAAUGUGGAGCACUCUAAGAACCUGCAGGACCAGCUGAGACACCUGCUGAAGUGACGGAGCAGCAGAGGAGGAGGAGCCUGUGAUAACCAGCAGCGUGUCAGCAGGAGGCUUUAACACUGGACAAUCUGCCAUAUUUCUACUGUCAAACACAAACAGUGCAUGGCAUGAAGAACGUUCUGCAAUGCAAGGACCAAGGAAGUUUUUUUUUUAUUUAUGUAAAAUGUUUUGAUCAAUUGUAUUUCAUUAAAUUAUUAAAUACCA